GUAUGUGCUGGGAGUAUGUGCUGCCAAGCUGCCUGCUAAUUUUUGAUACUUCAAGGUAGUUUGGGUAGAGGAUUUUUCUUGUCAUAAAAAACAUCUCUUGUACUGUGGUUCCCAUCUCUAUCUUCCUAGCAGCUUCCCCGUCUCUAUCUUCCCAGCAGGUCCAGAGAUGCCCUCUCCACUGGAGAUAUGGAUGGGCUGGUAAAAGUUCUAUGGUCUCUGACCUUGGAGGUUGUGAUGGCAGCAGCAGUUCUGUUCACUGACAUGUGGCAUUCUAGCAGCUUCUCAGUUUGGGUAUUAGGUGCAAAGUCCUGUCAUAGGCUUUUGCUGCCUCAUACCCUUGCAGCUAUCCUGUGAAUAUGGGCUAAUUUAUCUGCUAGAGAUAAAAAGGGUUAUUCCAGAUGCAUGAAUCAUUCAGCUUCACUGUAUUCUGUUGUGUACAAUUUCUUGUGCACAUCUGUUGUACUCUGUGCAUAAAGAUAAAUAAUAGCUAAGAUGUUUCCCUCAUUUGUGUGUAUAUGUGUGUAUAAGCAUUAGAAUUGGAUAAAGAUCAAAAAGUUAGAGACUUGGCUAUAUCUAAGCCAAGCAUGAGUAAUUUUGAAUCCAGUGAUCUACAAUAAGAGUUUUGCAUCUCAUUCUAAACCUUUGUUUAGUUUGAGUCUAUCAAGUACUGCUUCUGUCUCUUGAAUUUUCUUUUUUACUAAUCGCGGAGUACAAUCAACCUGAAGGAAUAUUCAGCCAAAAUCAGAGUGAUUACUAAAAUUACAAAAUAUCAUAGAAUCAUAAAAUGGCCUACGUUGGAAGAGAUCUUAAAGAUCAUCAAAUUGUUCUAACAUAUAUUAUACAGAGAUUAUACCACGAGUAGCCAGCCAAAGUGGUUAUAAAAUUGACCUAAGAUAAUAAAGCCAGUAGUUUUUAUCACAGUAUUUUCUAGAUCAAGAUUUUAAGGGGCAGCUGGUAUGUUACAUAGAAUGUAAGCAGAAUAAAGCAGACAUAAAUCAUAGGGGUUUUAGCAGAGGGAGAAUAAAAACUUGAGUUACAUGACUUAAUAUAGUUUGCUGCAGUCAUCACACAUUCUAUCUAAUGCUCUCUUGCCAUUAUUAAAUGCAGGUGCAUGAGGCAGUGGGCAGCACCAUUUUUGAAUAUGGGCUUUAAACUCUGAUGUCUUAGCCAAUGUCCUCUGUAACUACAGACAAUAUGAAGCAAGAAUUCAGGAAUAUAUGGCUGUUGGCCUGCCCUAGUGAAUUUAGAUUGCAUUCACAAUACUGCAAGUUGGUGUGUAUUUAGCCAUGUAAAGGUGUAAUGUCUCCAUAAUGUCCCCAGCCUGAAGAUUUCACUUCUUUUCAACCAAAACACUCCCUUUUCUUGAUACUGAAUAAAAAUGUAGCAGCAUGCUAGGUUUAAUUUUACAAAACCUAAAUCUUUAUUCUGAUGCAACUCUACCAGGCAACAUAAAUAUAGGAAAAAAAUAAGUACCUAAUACAUCUAAAGUUAUGUUCCAUGUGUUGUUUCUGUGAAAGAUUCUUGGACAGCCUUUUGUAAAAGCAGUGAAGUUAGAUGCUAAACAGUAACUUAAAUUUACCUACAAUGCAAAAAAAAAUUAAAGAAGUUAUGAGGCAUGGAUAUUGUUUAAAACUAUUGCUCCCCUGUAUGUAUAAUUUCCUUCUUCCUCACUCCUGAUAGCCCUUUGAUAACUCUGAGCUUCUACAGUUGAGGUAAUGAUUGAAGUGUAUGACAUACUAGUGAUUUAUUCAUCAACCACACCCUGUAAGCAUUGAUUCAGUGGAAAAUGAUUGUAAAACUACAAAGCAUGUGAGUGAAGCAUAGCACAGAAGGAGAUGUUGCCAGUGCAUCUUCCCAGUUCUGGUUACUGGUAAGGAAUCUUCUGACUGUCAACUUCAGUGUUUCCCCAAACUUACCCCAACAGCUGGUAUGCAUGCCAAUGCCUGCUUGUGUUUACUAUCUUCCAGUGCAUCUCAGAAUCUAAAAUCAGCCCAUAGCUUCUUUCCUCUCAGUUGGAAGUAUCUUAAAGAUUCCUACUCUCAACUUUUGAAAAAGAGCUGCACCUGCACCAGGUAUUUGAAAAAUAACCAGGCAGAAAUCAUCUUUUCUCUCUUACGUCCCUCAUUCCCCUGCAAGGCAGGGGAGCUUUUUAUUUAUCUCUUCCUUUAUAUAGUCUAAUAGGUAAUAUAAGUUUCAAGAGCUGGAUACAACAAAAUACAGCUGUUUCCUCUAGGAAGGUAUCUUCUAAAAGAACAGCUUUCAGUUGCAAAACUGUUAAAGAAAUAUUCUCAGAACAAUUUCCAGCUCUUACAGUGUCAUUUUUGGCUGUCAGCUUGCACUUUUUUUGUUUUCCUUACUUCUUUCAACUUUUGAUACUCUUCCACUACAAUCUGCACUUUUGGGCUUCAUAGAGGGUUCCCAUUGUGUUCUUCCACUUCACCUGUAUUCCUAAGACCCAUAUAUGGUCUGCUAAACUUUUCCAGAGGGAAUCCUAGAUUCUUGAGCCGUGAUGAAUUGCUGUUUCUUCUUCAUCAUAGCAGUUUCUGCCUGAACCUCAGCUUCAGCAGGAUCUCUGGAUCUGACCUGACAUUUUUCUUCAUGUAGCUUUGCUUAAGCUGCUCUAUUUGAGUAACAGCUUAUUUGAUUUCCAUGCUUUAUCAUUUCGUUUAGCCAUAGCAGAUUGAUAGAUAUUUGGUGACCUAUUUGGACUGUUUGUAGAACACAAGUUUAUCAUGAGUUGUUUCAGCAGUAGCAUAGUUGCAAAAAAAAAAAAAAAAACAAAAAACAAAAAAACACCCAAAAAAACAACAUACAGCCUUAAUUUGAAAACAAGUGAUGAAUUGCUUUCCUGGGUAGGUCUUAAUUACAAAGCAUUAUACAAUAUUACUAAUAAAUUAAUAAAAAGAAUACUACUAAUAAAUAUUUUUAUUUUCACUUAACCUGCAGCUGGCUUUUGUUGCAAAAAUAGCCCUUAAACUACCAGUAGUUUCUUCUUGUGGAAAGGUGAAGUGGAUGAUGUACUGGAUUGUGUUUGCCUUUUUCACCACUGCAGAAACUCUCACAGACAUUGUUCUUUCUUGGGCUGAGAGAUGCCCUGUUUAUGGAGUUUUCAUGGCUAUGGAUGAAAGACUAAAUGAUACUCGAAGAAGGUUUCCCUUUUAUUUCGAGCUGAAAAUCGCAUUUGUGAUUUGGCUGCUCUCCCCUUACACCAAGGGCUCCAGUGUCCUCUACAGGAAGUUUGUGCACCCAACGCUCUCCAAUAAGGAGAAGGAAAUUGAUGAAUACAUUACUCAGGCUUGUGACAAGAGCUACGAAACCAUGAUGCGAGUUGGCAAGAGAGGGUUAAACCUUGCUGCCAAUGCAGCAGUUACUGCAGCUGCAAAGGGCCAGGGAGUUUUGUCUGAGAAGCUUCGAAGUUUCAGCAUGCAGGAUCUCACUCUGAUCCGAGAUGAAGAUACUGUGCAUAUGCAAAGCCGUGAUCCACAGCUGCACGCCUCUGGUGCGAGUCUUUUGGAAACUAUUGAAGACUCAGCUUCCUGUUACUCCUCAGGAGAGGAGAGCAGUGUGGCACAUCGGUCUAAUGGAACCCCGUCAGAUACUAGAACAGACCCAUCAGAUGAAGAUGCAGGAGACAAACUUCCUAAACGUACCCAGAGUCUCAAAACUCCUAAAAAGGUGAUGAAAGCUGAACUUCCAGUGAGAAGUGUAAAAGCCCGCCCUAAGAAGAAAGCUGCUGGCUCUCUUGCUUCUGGCGAGUCAUCCUAAGGCGACCUGCCCCCCUCAGCACCUGUCUCUGUCCUGGGAUUUGCCUUUCGCUUUUAUGGGGAAACUCUCCAAAGGAAGGGAGCUGAGAUUCUUGUACAUAACCGAUACUGCUUUACAGAGCUCAUUCCAAGGCAAGGGGGAGGCUGGGAUUCAGAAAGCAGAGUAGAGGAUACAAAUCCUCAGGAAUUUUCUCCUUUUCAUCUCUCUGUUGGAGGGAAUGCUGAUAUGUCUGUACAUAGCCAGUUGCUUUGGAAUUCCCACUGUAUAACUCUAGUUGAGAAUCUUUGCUGAAAAAACUGACUAGGGUUAGAGACAUCCAUUGCACAGAAGCUGGAAAAAUAUUAGACACUGGAGUUCCAUAGGGUGGGUGGCUCUCUAAAAUGUCUUAUCUUGCUCUGGGUAUUCUCCUGCAGCUGUGUGUUGUCAAGAAGUGCCCACCAUGAGUCAUAUUCCUUAAUAAUGGACCAUACCUGAUAUGUCCAUCACCUUUGAGAAAGUGACUGAAGGGAUGUAUGCUGAGUGCUUUUGAACAUAAAGGACUGGCUCAUGGGGAGGUAUAUGCUAGAUUCCCACUGCUCAUACUGGAAGAUUAAGAGAUUGAGUUUCUUUUUAUUUUUUCUGGAAGGUGAUAAUUUUUUCUGGAAGGGAGAUAAUUGGAAAAGGUGAUAAAGGAAAUGUGCUAUUACAUGCACAUUAUAUGAUGGAGUAGGUAGGAGUUACUGUUGAGAAGUAAAGUUUGGCAUCUAAGAUUUUGGCUCUUUUUGAAACUGCUUGAAUUUUAUUUCAGGUUCUAAUGCUCACUUUGACUCCUCUGAGAGCAUCAGAAUGAGGCAAAUCUCAUGCAGUUCCAUGGCAAGCAUACUGGCUUUGCCAUUUAGUGGUUGAACUCAUGUCAUUGUGUUGCUUGUUACUUCAGACAAAUUCUUUUAUUCUAGCAGAUGUCUGGGGAAAAUCUGUCUCAAAAUAGUCUGCAGACAUACUUGAGAAUUUCAGAAGCCCUCACCUCUCAGCUUUAGGAGAGUCAAUCCUCAGGACAUAAGAACUGAAACAGUUGAUUUAUUAACAGUUGAGCUCCUCUAACUUCAGGAUUUCGUUUAUGGGGGAUAAAAAGCGGGCACUAGGGCACAGUACUGGUGAAUACCGAUUAGUCUGUCCUCUUGCUAUAUCCUGCUGCAGCCCUUGCACAGAUUUUCUGUCUGACAUGUGCCAUGCUUAUCGGUGUCCUGAGACUCGAGCAAUACUUAACACUUGGGACAGAAAACUACAAGGAAUGUAGAAUAUGUAUUGUGGGAGGGAAAUUGUAGUGCUGGAGAGAAAAUUUGCAUAAUGACAAGCCAUACUAGACUCUUGAACAUUGUUAAGGGGAGAACCCCUGUACACAUGCCAGCUGAGCCUAUGAAAAUUAAGGAGUAGGGUUCUUGUUAUCAAGAUCUAUAAAGGUGCACCAUUAUAGACAUGGAUGUCUGAAUGAAUACUUGAUGGUCUGAAUUUUCACUGAAAUUAGUUAUCAAAGGAACCUGGCUCCUACAUGCAAGUGUUUGUAUCCCAUACUUUUGGGAUGCAAAUGUGACUUGCUGUCACAUUUUUGAAAUUACAAUGAAUUCUUCACAGAGCCCAGUAUUUUGCUGUUGACAAGGUAUAGAAGCACUUCUGCAGCUAAUGCUCCACAAGUAUUUAUGUCCUAGGGAAUAGCCUUUCAAAAGUUUGUAAGGUUGAAGAUUAGGACUGAAUUUUUGUUUUGUUUUCCAUUAUCUUGGUGGCAAAUUGUUUGCUGUUGAAUUCAUCAGUUAUUUCAGGAGGCCAGUUAAGUUUAGUUUACUAUUUUUUGUAGCUUUAAAAAAUUUAAACUUUACAGUCCAUGUUAGAAACUUGCGUCUUGUCAGGAAUAUUUGUCCUGAAUUAUCCACAAGGCCUUAUCUAGAAUCCAGUAGAAAAUCCUUGAUUUGGUUCUGCAUUUCAUAAAAAAAACCCAAUUGUUUUGUUCUUUUUUAGUUUAUUAGCAAACUUCAUAUUCAUGUCUUACUAGCACAUGCAAAUGCUUGUCCUGAAGCAGGAAUACUUGCUGUUUCCAAAGGAAAUUCCUCUCUCCAGACAACACAUAAAAAUCUUUCAUGGUUAUGUGGAAGAUCCAGUUGUGAGGAAUUGCUAUCCUAGACUUAACUGUACUGAGCAAGAGAGAACCAUUGUUCUCUGUAUAUCAAGUAUGUCUAUGACCAUGUUUCUUAAUUUUUUGUUUUCAAAAUUAAAAUUGUGCGUAGCAAAUUAUUUGUGUAAAUCAUUGUGACUGACUUGAUUUGGAAGCCAAGUCUCCCCGUGUGCUGUUCUUCUUGCCCUUUCCUUGUGCAUGCACUGUGAUAGUCUAUGAUUACUGGGUUUCCACAGAGCAGAAUCUUUUCUAGAAUCUUUUCUAGAAUUCAUUAAUUUGUAAUGGCUUUUCUGCUUUGAAGCACAGGAAGAAUUUCUGAAGAUUCAGUUCUGGUGUUUGGAUUUAUCUUUGUCUUCCUGAGUUGGGGUCUGUGCUAAGUAGCUUUUACUUAGCAUUGAUGCUUGAUGUCAUUAGCUUGUGGGUAAAUACAGGUCAGUUUUACUCUGAGUUUUCUUUAUACAGGGGAAUUGGCUUUUGGUUGCAAGAGGGAGUCUACAGUACAAUCAGGGACUAUCUGGUGUGUGAUAUGAAGCUGAUGAUGUCAAGCAGCAGAACUUACCCAGAGCAAGACCAAUGUCUUUAGCAUGGAUUCUGUUUUCUUCUUCUAGUACACAUGUGACUGCUAGAUUGUGCUUUGCUUGAUCAAAGCCACUGCAGAUCUACCACCACCCACGUGACCUCUUAGUGAGUUUCUAGAUAUAAUUCUGCAUUGGAUGCACUGUCUUGCAUAGAAAUUCUCUUGUUAAUGAGAACGCUGAAUGUGCUGUUUUGAUAAAAUGCUUUUAUCAGCUGCUGUUCAGUGUUUUCAGCAGGAAAUGCUGGAAUGUAGUUUCUCUUCAGUACAUCUGUGGGCUUCAUCAUGCAAUUAAGCAAAUGGUUAAAUCUUCACCUAGCAGUAGAACCCUGUUGUGUUUGGUAAACGUUUAGAGCCUUUUCCUAAUCUGUCUGGCCAUAGAGAGAAGUGCAGUAACAGAAAAUGAUACUUGAAGAGGGGGGCUGAAGAGGGUGGUAUGUGUGUGUCAAACAUUGUGUGCCUAAAGGUUAUCCUAAAAUACUUGUACCAUGACAAACAAAGUUGAAGCCAUGACUGCCUUUUGAAAAGAAAUGUUUUACUUUCAUGCUUUGUAGUAGUACAAGUCAGUGUUCUGCUGUUGGAAAAGAAAAUACUGAAAUAUGUUUUCCUGUGUGAGAAACUUAAUGAUUUGUUGCAUAAAAGGGAAAAUGUUUUCUUGUUUGGCAGUAAUCCUCUGUGGUGGGUAAGAAAUAUGAAAAUACAGGGGAGACAACUGUCAGGUUUUAAACCUUUACACUUUACCUAAACAUCAUUGUUACCUACUUUUUUAAAAUUGAGUUUGUGAUUCUCCAGCUUUACAUUUCUGGGACUGAUUUCCUUUAGACUAGAAUGAUUUCCUUGGUAGGUAGAGUGUAUAUAUAGAGAGGGGUGCUGGUGUUCUUAAAAUUUCAAAGCUUGUUCUGGGGAAGUUUCACCUUCCCUCAUUUUAGUGAAUUGAUUUCCAUUCAUUGUGCUUUUGCAGUGCUGGGCUUUUUUUUAAUACAUCGCUCUUGGAAGUAUGACUCCCUCACAAUAUACUUCCUUGGAAAGCAAGAGAACCACAGCUUUCCAGAAAUAGUUAUUUAUUCUGUGCCAUCUUAAUCAGCAGGAAAUUUAGUGCCUUAGGAGAAAAGUAAGAUAUCUAUGGAGAACUGUGCUGGUUCUCUGAUCUACACAGAGCAUUGUAUUAAGGAGGCUCACAAGUUAACUGUGAGGUGUCAUUGUGUGUUUGAGAGCAGCUGUUGAAUUGAGUUGUUUCCUUUCUGUCUUCCUAAGUUGCAUAUAGUGCUGGAAAGUGUGGAUUGCUCCCUAAGAGAGAAAUCUGGGGGAAAAAGUUGUAUUCUAAUGGGGACACUGUGUUGUCACAUUACUGCUUGCUGUGCAGAUGCUGAAUGACAUCUCUAUGUAACUGGUCUGUACUACAGCUUUUCUUGCUUUAGCCACUAGGAAUUUGUAAUGUGCUGUUUGGCUGAAGCAUCGUGUGGUGCUGCUUUGUGUGUUGUCUUGCAAAGUCAGAGAUGUGAAAAACCAGGAAAUCACUGCAAAGUUACAUGAGCUUGUAGAACCAUAGAGGUGUCAGAGUUGGAAGGGGCCUCUGGGGGUCAUCUGGUUCAACCUCGCAACUCAGUCAGAGCCACCCACUUCCAGUUCUUGUGUGCUGUUUCUGGUCUGGAAUCUGCUGAGUUUAAUGUUUAAGAGCUGAUAAUAUGUGCAGAAAUGCAUAUGCUGUAUGGGAAUGUGUUUUAGUGUUACUGAGGAGAAAUGUUUCCUGGUCACUUUUCAUCUGGAAUUUGGCUCUGUUGUAAGACACUAUAAACAUAACUCAUUCUUAUGUUCUUUAUAGCUAUUGUUAAGAAGCCUAGAGCCCUCAAAAAAGAUCUUGAGGUAUGCAGAGUAAAUUGUGAAAACGGUUGGUUUUAACAGUAAAUGUAGACAACAAUUGCAUAGCGGCUAAGAACCUUUCCUGUGAGAUAGAUAGAUAGAUAGAUGGCAUUAGAGUAGAAAAUGAGCUGUGUAUGUUACAGAGUUGUCCAGUAAAUACCGCUAACUUUCUGAGCCUCAAGCAACACUUAAAACCAUGCAUUCUACAGAUGAGAGCUUGAUUUCUUUUUUGAGCCUGAUUUCUCACUUGGAGUCAGUCUCUGUCUGUCUCCCUCCCUCCCUUCCCCUUUGCUUCCCACCACCUCCCCAUCCCUUUCAAACUGGGCUUGAGCUACAUACAUUAAGAUUCUUCAAACAUUCAUCCCUUCAGAGCAAUAAAGUUUUACCUCAGCAGGCAGCUGAUCUGCAGGGAGGACCAGAUGAAUAUCAAGUAUCUCUUGUCACUUUUGUAGAUGUGUUACACUGGAGAAGCACUAGCAGGAAGCUUCAGAGGAUGUGUUUGCCUGGGAAAUUCUACCCUCUGUCCCCUGCCAAAGCCUGCAUUUUUGGGUGAACCAAAUGCUGGACUUAGCUAUGCUCAUACACACAGUUAUCUGUAGAAUCCCACAAUUCAAUGUCAGAAUUUCCAGUGCUCUAUUUCUGAUGAUAACAGGAAUUAAAAUAAUACGAAGUGAAAAGAAACAGUGGCAAAUUGGUGGUUUUUUGGGUUUUUUUGCAACUUUGCAGGUAAAUUUAGGUCAUUGCUAUUCAUAUGCCUAAAAUCUUUGCCUAAAGCCCCUUGCAAGCUGUCUCUUACUUUCUUGCUCUCUUUCAGAGCUCCUGUUCUUCUGUGAACUGGUUAUGUUUUUUAUGUUUACUCUUAGUAAGCAAGGGCUGACUUCCAUUUUACUGACUGUGGAGACUUGAAAUAUACUGUACUAGAGCUGUAAUUUAGCCUUUUUUUUUGUUAUUUAAACCUAUGACCUAGAUUGAUACAUGUUACUGGUACAACGAGGCCUAAGGCUAGAUUCCCAGGUGGAAUGUAAGCAUCUAUUGCAUAUAGCAUAGUUUGACAAAUUUCCCUUUUUUUGCAGUGGAUUCUGGCUGAAAUGUGCUUACUGCAGACCCUUUGGACAAGAGCAUUCUGUCAGCGUUUAAUCAGAUAAUGUUAGAAGUAACAUUUAUGGGAAUAAUGCAAAAAUAAGUGAACACUAAAGGAGCAAAAGCUCAAGUCUUUUAUAAUAUAUAACUGUCUGAGACUAUGUAAAACACUAAAGCAUUUCUGGCAGCAGUGGGAAUGCAUUGCUAUACUGACUUAGAAAGGUAGGGCAUUCAGUCAUGGUCUUUGUAGCAGGUUUGGGAGGAAAGUUAGUCUGGAUGGCAAGCAUAUGAAGUUUUACAUACCAAGGAACUAAGUUUUUAUCACAAGUAAUGCUUAGUAAGUUACCAAAAAGAAAGAAGUCAGAAAAUUUGACUAAAAUUAUAAAAUGAAGAGAAAUUUUCCUGAUUGUCAAACCUAGUAUUGAAUAUAAACUUUCUGUGUUUGUGUUGCUGCCUUAUUUGGGAAAGCACUGCAUUAAUGAACUCAUCAUUUCUGACUCCUCUCUUAGAUUAUUUCUGAAAUGAAUCUCAAAUUAGAGAUGCUUGGGUUUGACUCAGCAUUUUACCAUCCAAGUCCCCAUUAGCACAGUGCUGAUCUAAAGGCAGUACGGCACUAGAAGGGUUGUGAAUUACUUUUUGUCCACUAGAGGGUAUAAGGAUAAUGUAAAACCACUGAACAUGAGAGAGCAGAGACACGUCUCAUAACAGUUAGUUCAAUUAUGGCAGUUGAACAGCAAUAUUUCCUACGCAUGAGUGAAGGUCCUCCAUGGGGGUGAGGAGGAAAACAAACUGGGGCUCUAAUGGAAAAAUAUGAAAUAAUACUGCUAUUAAUCUCUGACUGAAAAGGCUAUUCUGGGCAUUCUAAUUGAGCCACUAUCCAGUGAGGCUUGCUGAGACAAUAGCAUUACAGAAUUACUGUCCUCAGUUUUUGAUUUUUGUUGUAUAUUCAAACCAUUUUCUAGCUGUAGGAAGCAGCUCUGAAAAUGGCAAUGUUUGUGAUUCCUCUCCUCCCCGCAGCCCUCUUUCCCCCUGCCACCUUUUGCAAUUAACCAAUUGCUGUGUGUUGCUCUACUUUAUACUCUGAAUGUUAGUAGUAUUUCCUGGUAAGGAUGAGUAUUUUCUUUCAGUUGUGUCUGUUUUCUCUGAAAAGAGAAGCAAUUUUAAUCUAAAAAUAUAGAUGUAUCUAAUGUUACUAUGGUAAUUUGUGACCAUGGCAACAGAGAGUUAGCAUUCUGAAGAACAGACACAGAUUUGGUUGGUUUGUUGGUGGUUUUUUUUUGUUGUUGUUGUUGUUGUUGUUUUUUUUUAGUCAAUUAAUGGUGCAUGCGUUUCACAAAAUGACCUUGACUUUUCAUAUUUGUUAACCAUACAGGAUAAUAUGGGUCCAUGGGAUUUUGACAUUCUUACAUGGAAAAGCUGAUGUUAGAACAUAAUGUAACGGUAUGAGAUUCUUUCCAAUGUUGAGAAAUUCUUUUAUUUGCAACAGCAUAGAUGGAGACUUGCAGACUGAAGGAGGAUCCAGGGCAUACCAGGAAUUUUCUGUAGGAAAGAGAAACAGAAUAUAGAAUAGUCCUGGGGAUUCUUCAAUGUCAGACUUCGGGGGGGAAAAAACAAGAAAAAUAAAAUAUAUUCAAUGUGUUUCUAUUUCCCCAUCAUAUGAUCAGCCUUAAGUAAACCAACACAGUGCUUUUGGGCAGGUGCUAAAUUUCAAGUACAAGUUGUGGGUUGCCCUGACAUGGCCUAUCCCAAGAGCAUGUAGGGCAUUCUACGAAACAUUUAGCAAUGAUUUAAAGAGUUAUAAGAAAUUAACUUAUUAUUUUUUGAGGGAGGUAGGAAUGGGCUUUUGUGGCUAAGCGUUAUAUGUAGUGUAUUUAUCUCUGCCUGUAUAGAGCUAACAUAAAGGCUCUCUACUGUCAACACUCAAUGCUGGUUUUAUAGGAAGUGUGCUGAUGUAAGUUUAGCCAAAACUAAAGCACAGAUUUUUUUUCCAAGCUUUUCCUUUUUCCUAGGUUCUGUUGGGGAAUCUGGCAACUGAAUGGAAAUGAUAACAUUGCUGCUAUCGCUUGCUUAUUUGAAGCGAUGAAUAUAUUGAAUGAAAUAGAAUUAAGCGGCAUUUAAUAGUUUAAUUUUUGUAAAAGCCAGCUGUUGUGACCAUUCUGUAUUUACUACAAGAAUAUGAUAACUGAUGCCUGGAGCCAUUGUAGCGCAGGAAGGCUUUUACCCCCAAAAAGGGAAAGCAGAGAAAAGGCCAACACAAACUGAAAAUAGUGCAGUCUCCUGUCUCUGAUACUGCUCAGUUUAUUUGAUGAUCAGAGGGUAGUUUGGAAUUUAAGCACACAUUGGAAAACGCCUCGUUAUGACACUGUCGCCUUUUUACCCAUGUGCUGAAGCGCAGUGGUGUUAAAUGACUGGGUUAAGGGAGUUUUCCUAAGAGGAGGAGUUGUUGAAAUUCUGUCGCUAAUUUUUGUAGUCAUUAAGUUUGGUCACUUGCUGCAGUUUAAUGACUUACAUGUACAAAACCUAAGUCUUGUGUUGUGCUUUCUUUAAUACCCAUACUCUUCUUAGAUAUCUUUUAAUAGUCUCUUUUUUGAAGUGUCUAUUUUAAAGGGCCCAUUGCUUAUCUUCCAUUUCUAUCCAGAGUAUAAUACAAAAAGUUUUAUCAAUGCAGAUGUGCUCUCAUUCCACAGGGUGGCAACUAGUCAUUGUUUCUCUACUAAAUUAUUUUGACAUUUCCACUAGAAGCGGCUUUCCUGGCUAAGUUCGCUUCUGACGUAUCAGGGUCAUACACAUGGAAAGACAGCCCUUCUGUUGGGGUUAGAGAGUAUUUGGAAAAGCUCAUUUUACUGUGUCUAUUUAGGCUGUAUCAACUUGCUGAAGAUUGCUGAUGAGACCAAAAAGGCAUCAUCUAAGGACUAAAUUUUGAACACUACUUCUUGCUUCUGUCUCAUGUGGGUCUCUCUGGUAAGUGGUACUCCCAGGAACAACUGAUCACAAGUCUAUGAUGGCACCUCUAAAGAAAAAGUUGCUGUGGUAAGGUUUAGUUAUUGAUGUGGGUAGGGGAGAAAGGUUCUAGAGGUUAUUUAUUGACUUUUUAUUUCCAGUUUAUUUUGACAGAUAAAUGUCUCAGAUACUUUGAAUUUAAAUCUAUAUGUGUCAUCAGAAUAGGCUUAUAGAUUUGUUAGCUGAAGGUAUGGCUUUUUGUUCUUUGCUAGUGAGUUUACAUACCUUUCUUCCCCCUCAUGCCCCAGUUUCUUGCUACUGAUGCCUGUGGAUAUUAUUUUUAAAAAUGCUGUUUUGUUAUCUUUUGAAAUUGUGCUCCUAAAUAAUUUUAGUUUAUCUUCAUGUCUUACGUGUUUAGUCUUCUGCCUUUCCCCCUCUCCAUUAUUGAAUUAAUAAAUAUAUGAAAAUGAACACAAA